UCGUGGUUUACACGGGUGUAUAUCUACGGAGAAUACGUAAACCGAAAAAGCCAGACAAGACAAUUUGUUCUCCAUGCGUGGAACAAAGCCAGCAACUUUUGUUCGUUGUGUUGUCCUUACCCUGAAUCGUUUAUCAGAGGGAGCAUAAAAAAUAAUAUCUACUUUUACAAUGAUGCUGUGACAGUGGUAAUGGUUGUGUGGUUCAAGUAGCGCGAUCACGACUACAAUGAAUAUAACGAUAGGCUUUAUUUCAAGUUUACAGGCACCGUUCUUUUUUUUCAUAAUUCGGACGAUUCACCGAAUUUUUCCGAAAGCCGUUAUCGACGUCAGUAAAUCGUCGAUUUGACAUACGAUCUAUUAACACGUACACUUUAUCCAAUUUCCUUGUAUACGGUUUUGUUAUAUUAUUUUCGAACGAUGGAAUAGAAGAAUUAUGUGCCAAAGAAUUUGCUAAAGUCGGUUGUAUCCUACGGCUCGGUUGAAAAGAAAUAACGGACAUGGAUGGAACUAGAGCAGCCGAGGUUUUACCCUUGCUCCAGGAGCGCUUGGCCAUAUUGCCAGGUGGUCGAGAUCGUAGAGGCGGACCGGUGCUUGUCUUUCCUACAACACCUAGACGAGAACGUGCAAAACCAGAGGAUUAUCGUCGCCUACUACAGUACCUCCUAACUGUGCCUAGCGACGAGGCCAGGGGACUACGUUUCACAGUUAUCGUGGACAUGCGUGGUGCUACUUGGGAUUCUGUCAAGCCAAUUCUGAAGGUGUUGCAUGAACAUUUUCAUCGGUCGGUUCAUGUUGCCUUUAUCAUAAAACCAGAAAACUUCUGGCAAAAACAGCGGACCACCUUGGCUAAACAAAAGAAAUAUAAUUUCGAGAUAAACACCAUAAGUUUAGAUGCUCUUGCAAAAGUGAUAGAUCCGUCGCAAUUAACCGCGGACUUGGAUGGAUCGUUGCAAUACGAUCAUGCACAAUGGAUCGAUACAAGGCUCGCGGUAGAAGAUUUCACAUGGCAGGCGGCUGAUCUCCUCGAUCGAUUGGAUGACUUACAGGAGGACUUGAGUCGUAAUGAUUUUGCGGACGAUGUGGCUGGUGCUAAGCUGGGAAUUGAUCUGCAUAAUGAGAUGAAGAAGAAAAUCCUAAAGGUUCCAGUGGAGGAGAUCGAGGUGGUCGGACAACGGUUGUUGCAACGUUUCAAUAACAGCAUGGCUACAACCAGCAGCGAAGGAGGCAGCAUCGAGAGCGGCGCCAUUGGAGGUACCGAUCCUGAUGGCCGAGCAUUGGAAGCAUUAGUGAUCCAGCACCUUGAUUCCGUACACGCGGCACAGCAGCAUCUUCUGCAGGUUUGGCACAUCAAGAAGAUGAAACUGGACCAAUGCUUUCAGCUGAGACUUUUUGAACAAGAUUGCGAGAAAAUGUUUGAUUGGAUUUGUCACAACAGAGAAAGAUUUCUGGGGAAUUACGUGGAGAUCGGACGGUCUUAUCAGUUUGCCAAAACUUUCCAGGAGGAACACAAGCAUUUCACUAUGAGUUCCAUGAACGUAUACGUGAAUGUGAAUAAAAUUCUAACGAUGGCCAGUCGUUUGCUGGAGACGCAACAUUACGCUGCCGGACACGUUAGAGCCGUUGCCGGUCGACUGGAUCGGGCUUGGAAAGAAUUUGCUGCUGGCCUGGACGAGCGAACGGCGGUUCUCAGUUUGAGCGUUGUCUUUCACCAUAAGGCUGAACAGUAUGUUGACAGCGUCGGAGGAUGGAGUCAAGCUUGCGACGCUGGCAAUUUACCUAACGAAAUACCAAUUCUUGAAUCUCAUAUAAGGCAACAUCAGUCGCUUUACGAGGCAAUGUGCCAAGCUUACACAGAGGUAUAUGACGCGUAUCAAGCGCUUUUGAGCGGACUAGGCUCGAUGCUGCAAGUUUGUCACAGCCUGAGUUCGAUUCACGGUUCGAACUCGGAUACGUUUCGCAUCGAUUAUAGCCAAGACGGACAUGGCAUCGACGGACAUUCCGGUAUGAGUGGAAAUCCAGCUGCGGAUUAUAGCGAGGGUGCGUCUCACGUCUUGGCGGUUAUUCAUCAAAUACUGGGCCAUCACAGAGCAUUGGAAGCGCGCUGGCAUGCUCGGAAAGUGAAGCUGCAUCAACGUCUCGCGUUAAGAUUAUUUCAAGAGGAUGUGAAGCAAGUGCUGGACUGGUUAACGAAUCAUGGUGAGGUGUUCAUUAGAAAGAAUACAGGAGUAGGUCGCAAUCUUCAGAAGGCUAGAGUGUAUCAGAAGAGUCACGAGCAUUUUGAAAACGUUGCACAGAAUACAUACACGAAUGCCACUAAGUUGCUCACUGCUGCACAAGAAUUAGCGCAUACGGGAGAAUGUGCCGCUGAUGAAAUAUAUACGGUUGCGCAAGAAUUGGAAGCUCAUGUCAGUAGUUUCGCAGCCAGAGUUGAGCAGCGUAGGAGAAGGUUGGAUUUGGCGGUUGUGUUUUACACUCACGAGAAAGAGUUAAGCGGUUGGGUCGACGAAUUGCGACAAGAACUACAGCAAGACGAGGUGGCAGAGAAUCUGGAAACAGCAGAGAGAUUGCUGGAACAGUGUGCACAGCAUAGGGCCUCUUGUUUGGAAGCUUGCACGUCUACCAUUGUUCAGGGCGAGGCGUUACUUCGAGAACUUCGGGAGUCUACCGAUGCUCCUGACAGUACUGGCUCGAUCGCUGCAGUGGAAGCUGCGCUCGACAGGCUGGCCGGUUUGAGACAAGAAUUGGAAGAUCUAUGGGCUACCAGAAAACUGAGACUCGAACUCUGCCUGCGAUUGCGUGUUUUCGAAAGGGAUGCUUUGGAAGCGAGUGGCCAGCUAGAGAUGUGGGCGCAAGAGCUGCAAGGUCCUCCUCGAGAGGGUUCACCGGAACAACUGUUGCGUGUGCACAACGAUGGCGUUGCUCAUAUGCAGAACACUGCCUUUCAGGUUCUGCAACAAGGCCAGGAACUCGCCCAAGUAUUGGAACAGUCCGGGGUAUGCAUAAUGGCAGAUGGUCAGCACAGUGCCGCGUCUAGGGUUCAAGUAUUGCUAGAGUUUUUGAACGAGAGAGAAAUGGACGCAGAAGAUCUGGCGGAAAUGCGAAGGGUUCGUUUGGAACAAGCUUCCCAGUUGGUGCAAUUGCAAACGGAUGCCACUCACGUAGCCAAUUGGAUUCGUAACGGAGAAGCGAUGCUGUUGGCGUCGUUGAGAGUUCCGGAGAAUCUGCAGGACGCUGAGCAGCUUCGUUUGGAACACGAGCAGUUCCAAGUUGCUAUAGAAAAGACGCAUACCUCGGCUGUUCAAGUGAAACAUAGAGCGGAUGCCCUGGUCAGCGCGAAUCACUACGACCCGAAGAGCAUAAGAGAGGUCGCCGAGGAUGUGACCAAGAGAUGGCAACAAUUAGUUACGUGUGCUGAGGAGAGACAUAAAUUAGUGACCGCUAGUAUUAAUUUUUACAAGACCGCGGAGCAAGUGCGUUCCGUAUUAGAUAGUCUCGAACGUGAAUAUAAGAGAGACGAAGAUUGGUGUGCCUCUGGCGAGAAAGCCACGCAAGUUCCGACCCUCGUUGGCAAGCAUCAGGAGCAGAAGGAAGCAUUUUUGAAAGCGUGCACGUUGGUACGGCGAACCGCAGAAACAUUCCUCAAAUAUACGAACCGUAGCCUACAAUUUUAUAGCUAUCAGUCGAAUAGCGCUGGUUCCGAGAAUAAAGUUAAAAGUAUUUUGGAAGAAUUACUCAGUAAGGAGAACCGAGUCCUCGAAUACUGGACACAACGCAAGAAACGACUGGAUCAGUGUCAUCAGUACGUUCUUUUCGAGCGUAGCGCUAAACAAGCCCUAGAAUGGAUUCGUGAAACCGGCGAAUUGUAUUUAGCCACUCAUACCAACGUUGGUAAAAAUCGUAUCGAAAACGAGCAACUGUUGCGCGAGCACAACGAGUUUAAGGGAGCUGCUAAGGAAACGAGAGAACGGGUCAAGCUGUUGAUACAGCUUGCUGAUAAUUUGGUCGAAAAGGGUCACGCUCAUGCGGCAGCAAUCAAGCAGUCUGUUGCCGAAGUCGAUCAACGGUACAAGGACUUUAGCACGCGUAUGGAUUGCUACAAGACGCAGAUCGAAGACGACCUAGGCAUUCAAUCCGACGAUGGUCAGAAAGAUCUGUCCAUCGAUCGCAAUUCUGAUCCUUUGCUCGAGGAGAAAAUCAAGGGGAAGGACCUCAAAGAAUUGAACGAGGAAAAGAGGCGAUCGGCACGGCGAAAAGAAUUUAUAAUGGCGGAGCUGCUUCAAACGGAACGCACUUACGUGAAAGAUCUGGAAACCUGUAUUCGUUGCUUUUUGGAGGAAACCCGAUGCGCCAAGGGAAACGUUCCGGUCGGACUGCAGGGUCGGGAAUCGAUCAUCUUUAGCAAUAUGGAGGAGAUCCAUCAGUUUCAUAGCAAUAUAUUUCUCCGGGAAUUGGAAAAAUACGAGACCAUGCCGGAGGACGUCGGACAUUGUUUCGUCACUUGGGCGCCCAAGUUCGACAUGUACGUGACAUACUGUAAAAAUAAACCGGAGAGCAACCAGUUUCUGGUCGCUCACGGCGGCACAUGGUUCGAAGAACUGCAAAGAAAGCACCGAGUCGAGCACCCGAUCGCCGCGUACCUAAUCAAACCCGUGCAAAGAAUCACAAAGUAUCAGCUGCUCCUCAAAGAUCUCCAGGCUUGCUGCCAAGAGGGACAAGGCGAGAUAAAAGACGGCUUGGAAGUGAUGUUAAAUGUGCCUAAGAAAGCAAACGAUGCCUUACAUUUGAGCAUGCUGGAAGGAUGCGACGUAAGAAUAGACACCCUCGGCGAUGUAGUGCUGCAAGACUCGUUCACCGUAUGGGAUCCGAAGCAAUUGAUCAGAAAAGGCAGGGAUCGGCACAUAUUCCUCUUCGAGUUGUACCUGCUGUUCAGCAAAGAAGUGAAAGAUUCCGCCGGGAAGGUGAAAUAUAUUUACAAGAGCCGUCUGAUGACCUCUGAACUGGGCGUAACCGAGCAUAUCGAGGGCGACGAGUGCAAGUUCGCGGUUUGGACGGGUCGAGCGCCGACCAGCGAUACGCGCGUCGUCCUCCGUGCGAAUUCGAUGGACGCCAAGCAGUUGUGGGUGAAGAGAUUACGCGAGGUUAUUCAAGAAACGUAUUUCAGUUUAAGCAUGCCCAAGAGUCCCGCCAAGAAGAGUUCGAGUCAGCGUUCGAGCAGAGACCUCGAGGAGUGUGCUUCUUUGGACGACAGCGUCGAGAAUCUGGAUAGAAACUCCCUGGCGUCCUUUGGAUCCACCAACACCACGGACUCUGACAAGACCGGCGUGACCGAACUGACUUGGGUUAUCGCGGAUCACUCGGCGGCACCUGGCUCGAGGGAGCUGACGGUGACCAAAGGUCAGCAAGUCGAGGUAUUGGAAAACGGGAGCAACAUCGGCGGCGUGAACGCGGCCGAGUGGACCCACGUGCGUCUACUGGUUGCGCAAGGACAGGUCGAUCCUCCACCAGAGGGAUUGGUGCCGACGAGCGCGCUGAAACAACCACCGCCAGCUUCCAAUAAGACAUCGCCAUCUAGAAAGACUCCGAGCCAGCAACACCAGCACCAGCAUCAUCACCACCAGCAGCACCACCAGCCAAGCAAUCAGAGCCAGACCAGCUCGAGUUCCGGCGGGCUCACGACGCCCGUCUCGUCGUCCUCUGCCAUCGGCUUAACGUCCUCGUCCUCAUUCUCAUCGUCCACUUCGUCGUCGACCGCGGCGGCGGUCGCUGCGGCCGCGGCAGCGGCUGCGGUCACCACCGGCGUAUCGUCCGCUGGAUUGAACCCCCAGAGCGUGGUCGCUGCCACGCUACCGGACGACGCAGAAAGCAUCGCGAGCGAUGGAAGCGGUACGGCGAACACGAGCUCUCCUGGGAACAAGAGACGCGUUUUCAGCGGACGCAAGUGGCUACCUCCGCCGUUGCGUAAGCUCAGCCAAGCUAAAGUUGAGAAAUCAACGAACGCGGCGGCGACAGCAACAACAACACCGACGCCGACGCCGGCGUCCGCAUCGACCGGGCUGGCGUCCGCCGAUCGUUCCGCGCUGAAGAAGCACGUUUCGGAAAAGCGAUUCAAAUUGCCCAGCGGUGCGGAGCAAACACGAGUAUCGAGGUCCGCCGCCCCAAUAUCCAUUUCUACUUUGGCGUCGACAUCCACGCACGUAUCCGCCGCAGCGUCCGACGUGGCGGAUCUCGACGCCGACAUUCAAGUCGAGAUCGACGUCGAAGAGGAGGAAGAAGGAGAGAUCGAACAGACUUCCGAAUUAGAGAAAGACGUGCCGGAACCCGACGACGCGGAGGCUUUGACUUACUCCGAGCAAAACGGGGCGGACGACGUCGAGGACGAUCUGGAACUUCCGCCGCCCAUGAAACCCAUCACCGACCCGAUUCUCGUGGGAACCGCCAACGGAGCAUCCGGAACCGCCAUUCCCACGGAAACUUGUGGAAAAUCACGGGCUUCGGAGCGGUCCGCGAAAAUCCUAGACGGUGCUACGACAGUCGAUUUAGCCGAGAUCGAGCAGAUCGUAAAAGAAAGAAUGGAACAGCACACGGAAAACCAGGAGAGGCAGAGUCUUCUGCGAACGCCCAGCGGUAAAAGCACGAGCGUUGCUGCGGCUAGUGACGAGGAUGUCUAUAACGAAGGUUCUAUGACGACAACGGAAGGCGUUACUGCUAUGGUAGCGACGACGGCAACGGCUACAGCGAUGGCAACGGCGACAGCGACAGCGACAACCAGCAACCCGCCUUAUAUUUCUACGGAGGAGUCCGAUGCUGAAAGCACCAUUCUAACGAAGCGACAGUUCGUUGUUCGGGAAUUAGUGGAAACGGAGAACGAUUACGUGAACGAUCUCGGGCAGAUAGUCGAGGGCUACAUGGCGUUAAUGCGGAAUCCCGAAUGCGAGGUUCCGUUGCCGGAGGAUUUGCGCGGUGGAAAGGAUAAAAUGGUAUUUGGCAAUAUAGAAGCGAUCUACGAGUGGCACAGAGAUUUCUUCCUGAAAGCGUUGGAACGUUGCUUGGAACGGCCGGAAGAGCUUGGUCCGCUUUUCAAGAGAUACGAGAGGAAGUUACAUAUGUACGUCGUUUAUUGUCAAAACAAACCAGUAUCCGAGUACAUUGUCUCCGAGUAUAUCGACACUUACUUCGAGGAUCUGCGACAGAAACUCGGACAUCGGUUGCAACUGUGCGAUCUCCUGAUCAAGCCCGUGCAGAGAAUCACCAAGUACCAACUUCUGCUCAGAGAAGUGCUAAGGAUCACAGAACGGACCAGAAGAACCUCGGAAAUCGAGGGUUUGAGGGCCGCAGUGCACGUGAUGCGCGUUAUUCCGAAAGCAGCCAACGACAUGAUGGAUGUCGGAAGGCUGCAAGGAUUCGACGGAAAAAUUACCGCGCAGGGCAAAUUGUUGCUGCACGGUCCGCUCUUGGUAUCGGAAUUGUCGAAUCUGUCGAGCAGAGGAAGGGAAUGGCAUGUGUUUCUCUUCGAGCAAAACAUCAUUUUCAGUGAAGCUGUCGGAAAAAAGACGCAGUUCACGAAUCCCGCCUACAUUUACAAAGCUCAUAUCCAGGUGAAUAAAAUGAGUCUGGAGAAAUGUUACGACGAUCCGGAGAAGUUCGAGAUCCGGUCGACAGACCCCAGGAAACCUGGCCUCAGAUUCUUUUGCAGCGCCCUCGAAGAAACCGGGCCACGGAAGCAGGAAUGGGUAGAAACGAUCACUGCCAUCCUGCAGACCCAACGUGACUUUCUGAAGGCGAUACAGUCGCCGAUUGCCUACCAAAAGGAACUUACCAAAGAUCCACUUCGUGGCGCGAGCCCAGAAUCUCCGUGUCGAGGAAGCGUUCUUUCGACGGUUUCACCGACGAUAUCGCAGUGUGCCUCGAAAUCGAGCGAGGAUGGAAAGAACGAGACGAUCUCCGGUUGUUCGGCUACCGCCUCUGGAGCCAAAACUCUGGUAGCAGCGAUAAUGACCUCGGCGACGACUGCGACCGCGACUGCAACGGGGGCUGCAGCUGCGACGACCACGACGUCGCUUCUUCAACGAUCUCGAGCCGGUGCCGGCACCUUCGACGAAUCCUCAAGGACCUCGAGCCCCACCAAGAGCAGACUGCAUUUUCUCGAAGGAUUUCGCAGCACGUUGCGACCACGAUCCCCUAUUCGCAACAACUCGAUCCCGAUUCCGCAGAUCGUUCCAGGUAGCAGAGUAAGGUUGACCGCGGAUUGGGGGAAAUUGCGUGCCGGAGAGGAGCUGAAGAUCUCUCGAUUGGACGGGCCAGGGUUGAUCGUGUCUCCGGUGGUCGGGAGGAAAGAAGAGUUCUGGAUCCCGGCGAGUCUCGUUCCGAAUUCGUCUAUCAGUCGCGCAUGGUCUUUCCGUCCGCGGAGAAUCGAUACGGACGCCGAGACCGUUCACGUUCAUGAGACCGCGGACGAGAACGGUCCGCCCGCGAUCUUGACUAUUCCGUGUUCGAUCAGGGCGACGGCCGGUGGCGUGGCUCGUCUCGUGCUGGAGGUGCGUCGCGCGGAACGCGCGAUCGUUUCCUGGAAAAAGGAAGGACAACGAUGCGACAUCGAGAAGAGCGAUCGGUACCGCCUGUUCCAAACGGCCGACUCGCUCUCGCUCGAGAUCGUUCCCUGCCUGCCCUCCGAUUCCGGGGUGUACCAUUGCCGCGUCGAUCACGAGACCGGUUCUUGCUCGGCGAAAAUUCCUCUCCGCGUUGUCGGUAUCGGUCCCAACGUGUGGAACACCGCAAGCGAGAACAUCGCGGAUGAAUCGAUCGACGAACUACCGAUCGCGACGUCCGUCGACGACAAGAAUCUGCGCUCCGCGAAGAACGCGGAGCUGGUCGGUCGAGAAGCGGCCGCGAUAUGGUUCGCGGAGAUGUACGUGGAGCCGAAGGAGCUUGGGAACGGUAGGUUCGCGAAGGUUUAUCGGGCCAGGGAUCAAGGAACGGGCCGAGAAGUGGCGCUCAAGCAAGUGUCCCGAUCGAAGCAGUCUCGAUCAUUGACGCGCGCCGAAUACGAUCUGCUGCGAGUCGCUCGUCACGACAACAUCGUCCGGGCGUUCGCUCUGUUCGAGGAGGCGCCGCAGUCGGACACCGACACCAUAGUCCUUGAACUAGUCAACGGUUCGAGUUUGUUCGCGUAUCUCAGCAGCAAGUCCGACUACACGGAAGGAACCGUUUCCAAGUACACCGGUCAAUUGUUGUCCGCGCUAUGGUGGCUGCAUUCCCGGAAGCGAGCCCACCUGGACAUCAAACCGGAAAACGUUCUGAUCGAUCGGGACAAGGACGUCGUGAAACUGAUCGAUUUCGGCGAAGCUGUGAAAACCGCGCCGGUCGACCAAGUAGUUCCACCGGUCGAUUUAGAGUUCGCGGCUCCGGAAUCCGUUCUCGGGAAACCGAUGGGCCCGUACACGGACAUGUGGGCCACCGGAGUCUUCAUCUACGUGCUGCUAAGCGGACUUUCGCCGUUCUUGGACGACUCGAUCGAGGAGACCACCACGAACAUAUUGAAAUGCGACUUCUGUUUCCCCGAGGAAUACUUCGCGAAGAUAUCGGCCGACGCGAAGGACCUUCUCCGGGGGCUACUGUGUCUACGCGGGGAAGAACGAGCGACUGCGAGAAUGUGUUUGUCGUCACCUUGGUUCCAGAUAUCUACCGGCGCGGCGAUCCCUUCCUCACGAAUGGCCGCUUUCAUCGACCGACGCGCGCACCGUUCGAAAUCUCGCCAGGAUCGGAACAGCAGUUUCUACUCGUGAAAUCACGCGAUUCUCAAAAAGGAAAUACGCUGUAUUUAUUAGUGCACAAUUUUACAAAUUCGUCGUCUAGGAUUCCGACCCAUUGUAAAUAAGUCGAGGGACGCAGCUUUGCACCGUUGCGCCCGCGAAUCGUCGGCAUUGUCGUCGCGCGCAAUACAUGCCAAUAACGACGUGUCCUCAAACUGCCUGCUACAUGAAACCGUAACGACGACGCGUGUACGAGGUUAAAUUUGCGAACAGCGAUCGCGGAUAGUUCGACAACUCAUAUGGCAGCUUUAUUUGGGAAACGUGCGAAAAUAUAUAUUAUCGCCGAGUUCGUUGUGUUUCAUGCAACGGGACACUUUGAACGUUUUACGCCAACGUUGUACUUAGCGAGUAAUUUUGUUAGUCGAAUAAUUUUUGUAUCUAUACCCCGGACAAUCCAAUUCGCCGCUGCGGUAGCGGCGACUCGCGGAAAGAUGAUAUGUCGCAACGACGACGAGUCGAAAUAAAACACACUUCCAUCAUGCAA